AUGUCACCGCACGCGACGAACGAGUCCACUGUCCCGACGGGGACGAACAGCUGGUGGAAGGAGGCAACGAUUUACCAGGUUUACCCAGCGUCCUUCUGUGAUUCCAACGGCGAUGGAUGGGGCGACAUCCCUGGCGUAAUCGCCAAGAUCCCCUACCUGCACUCCCUCGGCAUCGAUGUCGUCUGGCUAUCCCCGAUGUACGACUCACCUAUGCACGACAUGGGCUACGACGUGUCCGACUAUGAGAACGUCCUGCCCGCCUACGGAACCGUACAUGAUGUCGAGAAGCUUGUCGAAGCCUGCCACGAACGCGGCAUGAAGCUCAUCCUCGACCUCGUCGUGAAUCACACCAGCGACCAACACAAGUGGUUUAAGGAGUCUCGCAGCAGCAAGGAUAACCCGAAACGUGAUUGGUAUUUCUGGCGCCCGCCGAGAUACGACGAGAAAGGGAAUCGCUUGCCGCCGAGUAAUUACCGCGGAUACUUUGCUGGGAGGACAUGGGAUGAACACACACAAGAAUACUACCUCAACCUCUACGCCCCCUCCCAACCAGACCUCAACUGGGACAACAAGGAAACCCGCGAAGCAAUCUAUAACAGUGCGAUCCGAUUCUGGCUCGACAAAGGCAUCGACGGAUUCCGCGUCGACACGGUAAACAAAUACAGCAAGCACACUGCCUUCCCGGAUGUCCCCAUCACAGACCCAAAGAGCUACAUCCAACCCGCAAUCGAAAUGUGGUGCAACGGUCCUCGAAUCCAUGAGUUCCUGCGCGAAAUGUACGACUCCGCCCUCUCUCCCUACGGCGAUAUUGUCACAGUCGGCGAGCUGGCAAACACGCCGGAUCCCGCACAGGUCCUUGAAUACGUUGGUGCCAAGGCGAAGGAGUUGAGCAUGGUGUUCCACCUUGAUAUCGGACAUAUUGGCAUGGGGGCGUUGGCAGACAAAUACAUCUUCCAUCCGUGGCAGCUGACCCAGAUGAAAUCUGUUGUGAACAAAUGGCAGUCAUUCGUCGAGGGCACGGAUGGGUGGACGACUGCUUUCUGCGAGAACCAUGACAACGGGCGCUCGGUGUCGAGGUUUGGAGAUGAUAGUCCUGCUUUUCGAGAGGUGUCGGCAAAAAUGCUGGCUCUCAUGAUGAUUUCGAUGACCGGAACGUUGUUUAUUUACCAAGGUCAGGAAAUUGGAAUGAUUAACGCGCCGAAGGAUUGGCCUAUUGAUGAAUAUCGUGAUAUUGAAGGGCUGGGGUAUUAUCGGGAAGCUGUCAAGCAGACAGAGAGUGGAGCCGAUCGGACGCGCAAGAAGAAAAUUAUGGAUGGAUUACGGAUUCUCGCACGCGAUCACUCCAGAUUGCCCAUGCAGUGGGAUAAUUCCGCGCAUGCGGGUUUCACGACAGGAAAGCCUUGGAUGAGGGCGCAUGAUUUGUACCCGGAAAUCAAUGUGAAAAACCAAGAGGGUGAUUCGCAGAGUGUGCUGUCGUUUUGGAAAAAUGUGCUGCGCCUGCGAAAAGAGUAUCGGGAGCUUUUCAUCCAUGGUGCGUUUGAGGUGCUGGAUUUUGAGAACCUCCAGACGUUUUGUUUCACGAAGUCGAGAGACUACAAGCAGGCGCUUGUCAUUCUCAACUUCACGUCGGAGAUUCAGCCUUUUACACAGGCCGAUAAGGUUUCGGAUAUGCGAUUACUUGUUGGGAAUUAUGAAAAAUCGGCUGGUGAAAUGCUUCGGCCGUUUGAAGGGAGAAUCUAUAUUAACUAG